AAGAGUAUAGGGAGGACGAGGAUAGGAGUAAGUUAUGAAGGUGAAAGCGAGGGCAUAAAGUAGCCUACCCGAAACCUCCUCAUUGUCACCUGUAAAUUUCAGUGAUGCAGAGCCACGCCCGCUCUCGCUGUUUCCUAGGAGGUUCAUUAUACUUGAUGGGUACGGCAGCUUCUAGCAUUAAGAAACGUGGAUUAUAGUCCUUGCUCGAUCCUUUUUGUACAUUAGUGCCCACAUGAACACCACCACAACUCACUAUAUAACUCUCCUGAGCAAAACAUCAAAGUUCAAACCAGUACUCCCUCGCUCUUGCCAAGCGAAAAGUGAGAAACAAAAUACAGAAAUGGCUAGCAAGGGCGCAGUAGAGGAGGACAAGAAGGUACCUUUACUUGAAGAUUUUGAUUCAAGAUAUGAAGAAGAUGAUCAAAAUCAGACUCUAACAAGGAGGUUCUGGAUUGAAUCAAAGAAACUAUGGCAGAUAGUUGGUCCUGCAAUUGUCAGCCGUCUCACCUCAUAUUCUAUGCUGGUUAUCACUCAAGCCUUUGCUGGUCAUUUGGGGGACCUUGAACUUGCUGCCAUUUCAAUUGCUAAUAAUGUUGUUGUGGGUUUCGAUUUCGGGCUUUUGUUGGGAAUGGCAAGUGCAUUAGAAACAUUAUGUGGACAAGCGUUCGGGGCAAAGAAGUACCACAUGUUGGGUGUUUAUAUGCAGAGAUCAUGGAUUGUUUUGUUCCUCUGCUGUAUCCUCCUUUUGCCUCUGUAUCUCUUUGCCUCUCCAAUCUUAAAAAUCUUUGGACAGCCUUCAGACAUAGCUGAACUAUCUGGGGUUGCUUCCAUAUGGAUGAUACCACUUCACUUCAGCUUUGCUUUCCAGUUCCCUCUGCAGAGAUUCUUGCAAAGCCAGUUAAAGAACAUGGUCAUAGCAUGGGUGUCUGUGGCAGCUCUUUUAAUGCAUGUGUUUGUGAGUUGGUUGUUUGUGUAUAAGCUUCAACUGGGUCUGGUUGGUACUGCAGUUACAUUAAACUUUUCUUGGUGGGUUUUGGUGUUUGGGCUACUGGGUUAUACUAUUUUUGGUGGGUGUCCUCAUACUUGGGCUGGUUUCUCCAUUGAAGCAUUUUCUGGUCUCUGGGAAUUCACCAAACUUUCAGCUGCUUCUGGUGUCAUGCUAUGCUUGGAGAAUUGGUAUUAUAGAAUACUGAUAUUGAUGACUGGAAAUCUUCAGAAUGCAGAGAUUGCUGUGGAUGCUUUGUCAAUCUGUAUGACCAUAAAUGGAUGGGAGAUGAUGAUUCCGUUCGCAUUCUUUGCUGGGACCGGAGUAAGGGUAGCAAAUGAGCUUGGAGCUGGCAAUGGCAGAGGAGCCAAGACUGCGACGAUGGUGGCUGUUUCAACAUCAAUGGUUAUUGGGAUUUUCUUCUGGCUAUUGAUUGUCAUCUUCCACAAUGAUAUUGGGUUGAUAUUCUCUUCAAGUCAUAAUGUCUUAGAAGCAGUGAACCAGCUCUCAAUCCUCUUAGCCUUCACAGUUCUACUCAACAGUGUUCAGCCAGUUCUCUCAGGAGUGGCUGUGGGAUCAGGAUGGCAGUCAUAUGUUGCAUACAUCAACUUAGGCUGCUAUUAUCUGAUUGGGGUACCUCUCGGAUUUGUGAUGGGCUGGGUCUUCGAUCAAGGAGUUAUGGGAAUCUGGGCUGGAAUGAUUUUCGGUGGCACUGCAAUACAGACCUUGAUAUUAGCCAUCAUUACGUACCGAUGCGAUUGGGAUAAAGAGGCAGAGAAAGCAAGCAUGCACGUACAAAAAUGGGCAGAAAGCAUUUGAAAGGAGAGUAGAGACUCCUCUUUCUUUUGUACCAUAAAUUAUGAUUUUGAAGAUUAUGUAGUACUAGCAUCAACAUGCUUCUUUUAGUUGGCAUUUUGUAACCCCCACUCCUUCUAAUGAAUGUAAUUUAUAGUUUUGUCAACAUUCCAUGAAAUCAGGACCAACACU